UUGUUUUCACAGCAAAUGGCGGACGACGCCGGUGCUGCGGGAGGGGCAGGAGGAGCUGGAGGUGGUGGUGGAGGAGGAGGAGCUGCCAGGGGAGGCUUUCGUGGAGGCUUUGGCAGUGGGGGCAGAGGCCGGGGUCGGGGUCGUGGCAGAGGCCGUGGACGGGGCCGUGGAGCUCGAGGAGGCAAGGCUGAAGACAAAGAAUGGAUUCCAGUCACCAAACUUGGUCGCCUGGUCAAGGAUAUGAAAAUCAAGUCUCUGGAAGAGAUUUACCUUUUUUCCCUUCCAAUCAAGGAGUCUGAAAUCAUUGACUUUUUCCUGGGCUCCUCUCUGAAGGAUGAGGUUUUGAAGAUCAUGCCAGUUCAGAAACAAACCCGGGCUGGUCAGCGCACCAGGUUCAAGGCCUUUGUUGCCAUCGGUGACUACAAUGGCCAUGUUGGCCUUGGGGUCAAAUGCUCCAAAGAAGUUGCCACAGCGAUUCGCGGGGCCAUCAUUCUGGCAAAGCUGUCCAUCGUGCCGGUGAGGCGAGGCUACUGGGGGAACAAGAUCGGCAAGCCUCACACUGUGCCAUGCAAGGUAACAGGCCGUUGUGGGUCUGUCUUGGUGCGCCUCAUCCCUGCGCCUCGUGGUACUGGAAUUGUGUCUGCCCCAGUUCCCAAGAAACUGCUGAUGAUGGCUGGCAUUGAUGACUGUUACACUUCAGCGAGAGGUUGCACGGCCACCUUAGGCAACUUUGCCAAGGCCACCUUUGAUGCCAUCUCCAAGACCUACAGUUACCUGACCCCUGAUCUCUGGAAGGAGACUGUGUUUACCAAGUCACCUUAUCAGGAGUUCACUGAUCAUCUGGCAAAGACCCAUGCUGCCAGAGUGGCUGUGCAGAGAACCCAGGCGGCGGCUGUGGCAACUACAUAAAAGAUUCUGUGCAUUAAAAAUAAAGCGACCAAGUGAUUUCUAAA